AUGUCGAUAGACAAGGGCAGCAAUGCAGGGCAGGCCUUUGUCCGUCCGCCCGCGCAUCCGGUGCCGCAAUUGCAACAGCCUUUCGAGGAGUCGAUGCUGGAAUCAAUAACUGAUCAGACGCCAGAAGACGUCCCUUCGGAUGCUAUGACACGAAGGACAAUUCUUCUCGAGGCGCCGACUUAUCAACGGGUUAUUGCGGGGAGGUGGAAGCAGAAACCGGGAGAGAAAUAUCAUCCAUUGUGGAAACUCGUGGCGCAACUAACCUUUGGAAUGCAUCUUUUAUCACAAAACAUGGCCAUUUCGGAAGAGGAGGUUAUGAGAAUCUUGCAGUCUCAUGUCGACGACAUCGAUGCCUUCCUGGAACGGACCACAGAGGACUUCGAUCUUGCCCAAAGCGAUAUCCAUGAGCGGAUCCGGUGUCUCAAACUCCCACUUGCACACGGAGAAGUAUUUGAUCGAAUGCUGGAGGAUCGUUCAUUUCGCGCUUCUAUUCUCGAUGGGAACGAAAAGAUUGACCAUGUCAUGAGCCGGACCAAGAAGGCGGCAAAGGAUGCACUGAAGGACGUCCAGAAGGGAUUCGACGCGACCAACGUGAUGGAAAAAUACCUGACUAAAUUGAACUCAACAUGGAAGAGAGAUUCUCCCGAACAUGAAGCUGUUUUGGUCGCUAUGCUGGGGAACGUCGAAGGAUGGCGCAGAGCCUUUCUGGAGUUACAUCUACAGGGGAACAAGCUGGCUGGAUCUCUGAAGAAGCUCGCGGAGGUGGUUGCUGAGAUGCAGCAGCGAGCUGCUGCGGCUAGAGCUCAAAAGACGAAACACAUUACUUCCCAGGAUGCUGGUCGUGCCCUUUCUCAGUUAGGGUCCAUCGCCGAACACAAGCCGCUACCGAGUGAACCAGGUCGCCAGCACUCGACCAGGAAUUCAUCUCGGAGCACCCAACUUACCAGCUUCUCCAGUCGACCCAAUAGCGGCCAGAAGUCAAGCCAAGGAUUGACUUCACAGUCACAAUCUCCAGGACACAGAAGACCAGGCAACGAUGGAAUUCCUGGGCAGUCACUUUCCUCCGAGGCGUUGGCGCACGAGGGGCCGCAGUACGCUGCAGACCGAAUGCACAGUCUGGGGGGAUUGCUCAUCCAACACGGUGAGGAGCAGCUCGUUGAGCUCCCGGCCGAUGUUCCUGAAGAUGUACUUCGACAAGCGCCAGUAUCGAUCAAGAACCGAUUGAGCAUGACACUUGGGCUAAAGCCAAAGGACACUGCGAGUCACCGCAUAUCCAGUGUCUACUACCCGAGAGCGCUGGGUGAUCUUUUGAAGUCUCCUGCGAUUUCGUCUCUGCUACUCACGCCGCAGACUGGAAAGUCAAAAGGCACUCCUGUGCAGGCUAUGAUAUCGCCCGUCAUGUCGGAGGGAGAAGCCGGCUUCUUCCUCUCCCACGAACAAAGUCCUUCGAUUGGGGUUUUCAAUCCAGAUUACAGGAGGGACACCGACUCUGCCAACGCGUCUCAAACCGCUGUUCAGGCAUCGGCUCGCGCAUCCAUAGUGGAACCAUCCAGGCCAGUAACCCGUCGGUCAUCAACCCCUAACCCGGCGUUCACGUCGCACCCUGCUGUGAUGGCCAUGGCAUCUCCUCCGGUUGAGCUUCCUGCCCCGGUUAAGCCAGCGGUAAGAGAGGAGCGGUCAAACUCUUCCGCAUCGAGAAAAACCUGUCAAUUGUCAAGCCUAGGCGAACCUGGACCGGAGUUGAACGAAGGUGAAAUGACCAGGUCGACCUCGGGGUCGGUAUUGGACACGAGAAUUCUCAUCGACACAUCAACUAUUACCGUCGCUGUCGUGCCAGCUUCCGCCGAGGAAGAGACAUUCGCAGCCGCACAGCUAAAGGCUGAAGACAACGUGCAGAGUCAGCUCAACAGCCAACCGGAGACGAAGAAAAGCACAGAAAACGCCCCAGAAGAAGUAAUUUCAGCAACUUUGCAGCCAUAUAUGACAGCGACAGCGCUCCCGCCAACUAGGGAAAUCGGACACGCCGAUGACAGCAAAAAUUCACGGGUUCCCGCUGAAGCGCUUACCGAUCUCAAGGGCGAAGUCACAGCGAAAACAAAUUCAGACGACACUUCAAGUAAUACGCUUGCUCGGGAAAUCGACAAUUUGACACAGAAGACAGAAUUUAUUGCCGAGUUAGAGGCCGUCGUUCCCAUACCUCUUCAGCCCAAACCGAAGGAAGCAUUUGGACCGGUAGAGCUGGAGGCCCCUCACCAAACUUUCAAGCUACCUCCCAGACCAGCUGCAGUUGCCCACAAUUUAGAGAAAGAAGUUCCCCGCGACAGCAAAAGCUUGCCCGACGAUUUUGUCAAGCUGCCAAGUGAGCUUACAAUCAGACCUGGCCUGAAGCCCAAGGAUUUUGGCGAUUCCAGAAAGCCAGAGCCGAUCCGCCCUCUGAGGUUGAAGCUCGCUAAGAAAGAUGGCAAGAUUGUUCCCGUGCAAGUCCCCAGCCCAGGCGGGAGCUCGAACCCGUCGGUAGGCAGUGCUGGCCCCAAGCUCAAAAUAGAUGUGGUUGCAGAUAUCAUCGACAGACUCUCGUAUACACCGCCAGGUUCACCUAUUCACGAUAGAUCAGCUUCGAGCGUCUCUUCAAAUUCGGCACAACGCUGGUCACAUCGAUCAUCGCGUUCGCUAGGACCCCCUGAGCAGGCCCCUGCACCACCUGCUCCGGGAGGUCGACCCAUGGUGGAACCUGAUUUCGCCUCUGCGGGACAAUUCGAUGGUGAACGCAGGCAGAAGAAAAAGAAGAAGAAGAAAAGCAGCAACGCUGGAAGGGAAAGCAAGAGUGGGUGGAAAAGUCUGUUCCGGGGAAGUAUUGCGGACAGUAGCAGUGCUGGGGGCGCAAAGAGUUCAGAAGGGGGUUCCAUAACCACGACGACGACGGCAACAACAACCGCAAAUGCCUCUGCAGUAACAUCGGGAGCAGGCUCAGAGGCAGCUCCUGCCCCAGUCGCGGAUAUGAUGACGACGUCUGGCAAAGACGUACUCUGGUUCAAGGGCGAUACGAAGAAAUGA